GAGGGCAAGCUUAUUCAAAAACAUAUUAAAAGCCAUAAUAAUAGUCUAAGUUAUGGGGACUCUUCAGAAAUAGAUAAGAUUUUAGGUGAACAAUUAAAUGAAAUUGAUGCUGAUUUUAUUGAUCAAAAUUGA